GGAUCAUUAUCGCAAUGUUCUACGACUUAUAUAUGGAAAAGAAGCAGUGUCAAGCAGUACAUAUUUUUGAUUCAUUACGGUAUCAACUGAUUGUACGUUCGAGGUUUUAUUUAACCGACAUAUAGUUCACUAUGUCUAACAAAAAUGAAAAGAUUGGUAUCAUCGGCAGUGGUUUAAUUGGCCGCAGCUGGGCCAUGCUAUUUGCCAGUGUGGGAUAUCAAGUGACAAUUUACGAUAUUGUCCAGGAACAAAUUACGAAUGCUCUCGAAGACAUUCAAAAGCAAUUACAUCGUCUGGAAAAAGACGGUCUCCUUCGUGGUUCUCUUUCUGCUGCUCAACAAUUUCAGCUUAUUAAGGGAUCAUCGAAUUUAACUGAAACUGUAAAAGGUGCAAAAUUCAUUCAAGAAUGCGUACCAGAGAAUUUACAGUUGAAAUCGAAAGUUUAUAACGAUCUCGAUAAGGUCAUCGAUGAUAAAGUUAUUUUAUCGUCAUCCACAUCGACGUUCCGUCCUUCGCUUUAUAGCGAGAAAUUGAAACAUCGAGAUCAAGUGAUCGUGUCUCAUCCUGUAAAUCCACCGUAUUACGUACCUCUGGUUGAAAUAGUUCCAGCACCAUGGACUCGACCCGAAAUACCAAAUCAAACAAAAGCCAUUAUGACUGAAAUUGGUCAAUCACCUGUCGUUCUCAAUAGAGAAAUCGAUGGAUUUGCAUUGAAUAGAAUACAAUAUGCAAUUUUAAAUGAAGCAUGGAGAUUGGUAGCUGAUGGUGUACUUAAUGCAAAAGAUAUAGAUGCAGUAAUGAGCGAAGGUCUUGGAAUGAGAUAUGCAUUUCUGGGUGCUUUCGAAGCCGCGCAUCUUAAUGCCGAAGGUAUGAAGAAGUAUUGCGAGGUAUAUAAUAAAUCAAUUUAUGAUGUAAGUAUGACUUUCGGACCGGUACCAAAAUUUGUCGGAGAUAUGGCAGAUAAAAUUAGUAACGAAUUAAACGAGAUGUGUCCUCUUGACAAGUUACAAGAACGACGUGCAUGGAGAGAUAAGGCGUUAACGAAGUUAUCAAUCUUAAAGAAAGAGUUGAAUAAAGAAAAAUAAAGUUACAGUUGAUACUACAAUAGAUAUUCCACAACAUACAAAGUAUAAAAUACUUUAAUCGGAAUUAAAUAAACUAUUGUUUUUAUCAUCCUAUGUAUAUAAUCGAAAUAUUAUCUCCAUAUGGGAGUUUUCUUUCGCAUAAAUAAAGCUGGAAGUAAAUUAAAAUGUAUUAUUAUUUAAAGUAGAAUUAAAAAUAUAAUGAUAUGUUUCAGGAAUAGAAUUGAAAAUCUUAAUUAAAAUUAUUAUUUUAUUCGUAUGUCACAGAAAGAUUAACGUUUUCCACCAACACGAGGUGCAGAUUUUUGCGUCACCUUUGCAGCUUUCUGCUUAGGCAUAGCCUUAGUUUUAGGAGGUGCAACAGCCUUCUUUGUUGCUUUUGCUGCUUUCUUCUGUUCUUUUGCAGCCCUAAAAGUAUAUACAACUAUAAGUGUAUAUACUAAUACGAUACACAUAUAUAUUAAGCAAUUGAUAUUUUUGUAUGAACCCGCAAAAACCAGACAGUGUUAUAAUAAUGCACAAUUCUGGGUGAAGCAAUCCAUAUUUAUUCUAAGACAUUCUGAAAUCUAACAUGAUAUAAAGAUCUUGUCAGAGGAACAGUUGUCUAUGAAGAAAAAUAUCUAGUAAAUUUUAGUAUUGGACAAAUAUUAUAUAAAUAAACAGAUAAAUAAAGUAAUACUUACUUGAUUGCUUGGUCCCUCUGUGCUUUACGAAUUUCUGGUUUCAUAUUACGUUUAGCCAAGAUAUCUGUAAGAGAGGCACCCACUAUAGCACGUUGGAAUUUUUGAGUACGCCUUGUCCUCUUCUUGGCUUGUUCUUCUUCUUGCCCCUUUUUAUGCUUUCGUCUAU